AUGGCUACCCUCACACACCACGACGUCACAUAUGCUGGCGACAAGAAGAUUCAUUACUUGGCAGCGGGCCCAGUCGAUGGUCCUCUGAUCCUCUUCAUCCAUGGAUGGCCUAGCACCGGCAUCACCUGGAAAGCCCAGCUCGAUGCCUUUGCCGCAGUAGGCUUCCGAGCUAUCGCGCCCGAUAUGCCCGGCUACGGGCAGUCGACCGCCCGGCGUGUCGUUGAUGACUACUGCCAAGAAGCUCUCGUGGAGGGGAUGAUGGCCCUGCUAGCCGACACUGGCCGCAAGGCUGCUGUAUGGGUGGGGCAUGACUGGGGCUCUGGUGUGACUUCCUCGGUCGCGAUCCAACAUCCGGAAACCGUGAAAGCUCUCGUUAGUAUCUCUGUGCCAUACUCGACUAUCGAGCUUGGCUGGGACGGCUUUCUUCCGUUGGUGAAUCGUGAAAUCUACCCGGCGGGUGAAUACGAGUUUGGACAAUGGGAUUACAUGAAGCAUUACGAGGAAAAUUUCGAAAAAGCCAUCGAGUGGUUUGAUAGUGAUGCUGUCGGUUUCUGCAAAGCAAUCACAAACAAACCAGCUGCGCUGCCAGAUCGCCAUACCCCUGUAAUGAUGGCUACGGUGCGCAAGAACGGGUGGCUGAACGGCCUUCCGAAACCACCCAGCGUGGAAAUGACCGGCCCGUCAAUGCUUCCUGAUGACGUUUUCGAAUCAUUCGCCAGGGAUAUGCAGAAGACUGGUUUUUGGAGCGGCUCUGCCUAUUAUUUGCACCAUAAGCGGAAUGCUGAAUAUAAUGGAAGUCGAGAGAGGAAGUUAAAGCAGCCCGCACUGUUUAUCCAUGGUAUAAAGGAUCUGGUGUGCGACACAAAGAGCUCGCGGCUCAUAGAACCCAUGAAAGAGGCUUGCUCAAACUUGACAGAGGCCACCAUCGAUGCUGCGCAUUUUGUGCACUUUGAAAAGCCCAAAGAGGUCAAUGCUGUCUUGUUUAGAUUUAUAGUAGAGGAAGUGCCGAGUGAGUGGCCUGGAUUCUUGGACAGCGAGUAUACCAAGACCAAGUCCGACUCUUAG